AUGACGGUAGUCAAGAGUCGUCGUUGACCCUCGAAGCCGAAGCCACGAAUUUCACGAUUUUCCGAUUGAUCAUUUGUUUUUAAAGAGAGCUACUUCGAGAGAAUGAGAAAGAGAAUCAGGAUGCAAUCUAGUUCAAACUAGUUUCUAAAAAUAAAAGCUGACACAAUCCAAACUUUUUCUCGUAGCAAGCCUAUAUACAGGCGCAUAUAUACAUAUGUACAUCGGAAAGAGAAAGAAAAAAGCAAAACCUAUAUAUUUAUUAUUCGGACAAUCGGAAAAAUUAGAUAAUGGGAGCGUCAAGUAGUAACAAUAUACGUUCGACGAUGUCGAUCUCUACGAGCGAACAGGAAACGGGAGCGUGUUUGUAUUCGGAAGACGUUUGCUCUACUCAAGAACAAAGAGCACAUCUUACGACGAGCGAGGAUCAGCCACGAUCGCAGGGUCCCAGCCCCUACGCGACCUUGAGGACGGGCGAAUUAUGGGAUCAAAGACCAACGGCAUCCAAUCUAUCCAACGUGCUACCACCUAAACGCGAGACCUUGGUAACGUGCGCCACGCAAAUGACAGGUUGGCAACCAGCCGAUGGUCAGAAUUUCUCGAUGUAUCAGCAGAAUAACGAAAUCAUGGAGCUUUCGCGAAUCAUCUCGCAACUUGCCAUGGCCAAUCAUCAAUUAGCCAGUGCGCAUAACGCGACGCUGGCGCGUAUGGAGACAUUAUAUUUAGAGCUGUCGAAGGAUAGGCAGGACCGGAAGCAAAAGGUUUCGACGGAGGCCUCGGAAAUUCUUCAAAAGAGAGUUCCGGACACCGAAGAAGUAAUCGAGAGAAAAGAAACCCGAAGGUUGGAGCAACGCGUCGUUAGAUUGGAGAGAUUGUUGGCAGCGAGUUCCGCUGAGCAAUGCAAACAAAGGGAAGAUAGCAAACUACGUUCUAGAAUCGAAAGACUGGAGAAUCUACCGAAGACACGAGAUGCAAAAGAUCGAUCGAGAUCCGGAGAAUUGCGUCGCGAAUCGUCAGAAGAGAUGAGUGAGGCCGUAAUGGAUGCUGUUAGUGAAGUACUUGAAGAUGAGUGUGACAAUCAAGGCGUGAAAAAAGAAGUAGUUGAUGUUUAUAGAUAUUGUAAUGAUGCUUCCGAUGAUUCCGAAAUAACUGUUCCUAGGAUAGAGGAAAAUUCAGAUUCCGCGAGCAUAGAUAAAAUGCGCAGAAGUCGCGCAAGAUUGAGAAACGACGAGCAAAGUUCGACAACGGAAAAUUUAACGAGCGAAGAAAUACUUAGAUUGUCAGAAGAACUUGAGAGAUUAAAAACGGAUCGACUGGAGUAUCAAAGUGCCAACGAAACACUGCUGUGCAGUUUAGCAGAUCAGAAAACCCUGAUGGAAAAAUUAAAUGCAGAUUAUGAGGAAUUGAAAGUGCGAUAUGUAAUGGCAGAAGAUAAUUUACACGAGCACAAACAACAAUACGACGGACUGACGAAGCACUUGGAUUCCGCUAAAGGGGAAAUCGAAAGAUUGCUGAAAGAGAUCGAUAUUUUUCAGUCGGAAAAAGACACUGCCGAUACAAGAAUCUCAAUUUUGGAAGAAAAUCUGCAGAAAUCGCUGCUCGAAAAAGAGCAGAUGAAAAGUGUGGAAGAUCAAAAGACGUCAAAGUUACGGGCACAACUGUCCGAAGAGGUCUCGGACAAAAAAAAGCAGAUUAAGGCUCUUGAAGACGCUUUGCAGGAGAUACAAAGACUGAAGGAAACUAUCAAGACUGAAAGAAGGAAUGAGAACAGCAUUGCUUCAAAAGAGGAUGUCGUCGAUGCUGUCGACUUGAUAGAUGACAUAUUGGAGAGUACGUCGAAUUCAGAUCGUGCCUCCAUCAAUAUAGAGGAAUUUAAAAAAGAAUUAACCCUGAAGAGGGAAGCUAGACAUAGAGCUAUCGCAGCGGUCUCGUCCGAGAUGGAGGAACUUAGAAGAGAAUUGGCAGCCGAAAAGGAAGCGCAUUCCGAAACAAUGCUAACUCUUUUGCGUUCUGGUCACGGCGAUUUUGAUUUCGCCAAGUCUACGGUGAAACAAGAAAGCGAGGACAAGUGUUUGGACGAAAACGAGAAAGUAUUGAAACGCGUGGAAGCGCAACGAUUAACAAGCACGUUAAAGGUGUCCGACGAGUUGAGAAAUGAUAUACGAUGCCAAAUCGAGAAAGUGGACGACCUUCGUUACCAUUUGGAGAACGAUCCAGAGCGUCACCGACAUCGUAUUCGAUGUUUGACGGAAGUGACCAAGAAGGAACGCGAGGCUCUCGUCGUGCGAGAACGUCGGACCAACGAGCUGAAGAAUUAUUUAGCUCAGGUGUUGGUUAGACUGGGCGACAGGAGUUUUCUGGAAGUUCGCAGUGACGCGGAUGCCGAGUGCGAUCGACAACUGGAGAAUAUAAUUGUGUUGAAGAGUCUCUACAACGAGAGACUUAGAGUUUUGACCGAGAUAAAGGAUUCCGCGAUCAAGGAAUUAGCGGACGUGAAGCCAAAGCUGGAAUACUCUCUAAAGAAAUCCGAGAACUUGGAGGAGGAACUCAAGAAAGCCGAAGAGAAGGUCGAUUCUCAAGAUACGGAAAUCGCGAACUUGGAAUCUCAGUUGGGAUUAACGAAAGCGGACUGCAGAGAUCUUCAGAAUCAGAUGAAUCUUAUCAACGGAUUAUUUACGCAGAUGCUGCUCGGAGCUUCCUCCGCAGAUAUGGAUCUUGAUCGAUUGACUCAGUUGUUACAGGAGAAUCACGAUCUUAUAAGUGACAUAGCCAGGGAAGAAAGUACCGAAGCAGCGGCCCUUCCUAAACUUCUUUUGGAUUUGAUCGAGCAAGUCGAGGGUGGUAAAGCGUCCCAAAAACACGCGAGUGACGAAAACAAUAUAGAAAAUAUUGGCGAAAUUGACAGGAAGGAGGAUGACUUGCAAGAAGAAGACAUCGCUCAUAAUUUACCUAAGGUAUGGCGUGUUUUAUUGGAGCUACUUAGCUGCCAUGCAGUUACCUCUCCGAGCGUUUCCGUUGCAUCCUGCUCGGAUCCGAACAGCUGUUAUAAAUCUGUAGACACUCCAGCCGGACCAAGAUUAGUGAUAUCCGUGAGCAAAACAUACAUUCGUCUAAAGGAAUUGAUCUUGGAAAAGAAGCAUUUAGAGAAGGAGAUGAAUCGUAUGAAGCAGCUGAAUACUCACUUGGAGAGUAAACUGGGCGAACAAGAAAAGAGACUCUCUAUGGUGUCGACCGAGCUAGCCAAAACGUGGAAUAUCGUCGGUCGGAUGCAAGUACAGCAUCAGCAGUUGCACACGCACGAGGAAAUCUUACGUUACGAGCUGCAAGAGAAGAGGAAGAUGUUGCAAGAAUUGAAACAAGAAUUGGAAUACUGUAGAGUGAAAUGGGAGUCGGCCAGGCAAAAGAAUACAAAUACCGAAUUAGAAUGGAGGAGCCUACGUCGCGAAUUUGCCGCACGAAAAGCUUUGGCCGCUCACGACUCUUUUAACAGUGCUGAAAGCGGCUUCAGUGAUGAGAGAGGCGAUGAUACCGAUGAAGAGCAAGAAGCUAUUGAAGGAAGAAUCAGGCACGGUCCACGCAGACGGACACGAAAAGAGAGUCCUAGAGCGCCGACACCGGACACAGAAUCCGAACAGCCGACGGACACCGAAUUAUCAGAGUCAAAGACUGGUUCUUCGACGACUUUGGAGCAACGCACACCCACGCCGGAAACCGAAGCGGAAUUUGACGAGGCGGAAAUCGGGAAUGUUGAUUCCACAGACUCUGUCGCGGAAGCUAGUCACAUCGCGGAUAGCACGCAGGAAUCUUUGAACCCUUUGGACCAAGCUCUUACUAACGUUAUACAAAAUCUUAUAAAAAUCAACGACGGAGAAUCAGGCAGGAACGUAUCGAUUUCACGAGAAGACUCCUCCUGCUCAUUCUUUGAAGAUCCGUGCGAGAACCUGGCUACUGAAUCCGAAACCGCCGACAACACGGAAAACAAUGAUGCUUUGACAGCUUCGAAAAUUAAUUCCUGCAACAAAAAUCAAUCAUCCUGGAGACCGACCAGUGAAUCUCGGUGUUCAUUACCUACGACGCAGAUUCUAAAACGAACGGUCACGAGUGUCGACCUUCCUUCGGCGGUGGAGAACGGCGGAUCGUCCGAAUCACUGACUCUGACCGAAUAUUCAAAGCCAUGCGAUGAUGAGACAAUCAAACUUGAAAAUAUUCCGUCACCGGCCAUUUCUCACGAAUCCGCUACCACCAGCACGAUGUCUAUCUUUUCUAUCGGACCCCUUCCCGUAUCCACUGUACCAUCUUCGUCUAUAAAGAGUGUUCAGUUUAGCAACCCUUUAAUCGUGGGUCCGUCUAAUCGCUUUUUUGCCCCAAUGUUUGGUGCGACUGCGGCGGAGUCCAGCAAUUUUACGGAUAACCUUGCUACGUCUUUGUUGAUGACAUCAUCAAGUCAAGAAGAACUAAUAGACAGCAACGUACAGCAAUCUCCCAGAUUAAUAGAAAAUAUCGCAGAUUCCGACAGUAUUUCCAUAGAUUCAUCUUCGAGUUUGGACACCGUCAAAGAAUUUCCUAUGGCCGACCUCGGUUCUACGUCUUCUACAUCAUUGAUAUUUAAAGAAGAGCCACAGGAAAGUCCAACAUAUUCGCAGAAGGAAUCUGUGGUCGCAUCGACGAAGAUCCGAACUCCGGAGGAAGUCUUAGCAACACGAGCCGAUCGAUUAAAACGUUUGGAGGAGCAAGCGGAUUGGCUUGUGAAGAAGAUGAACGCUACGAGCAAACGGAGUACUGCUCUUUGCACAAGAUUAGAAGAGCUUCACGAGGUUUAUGGGGAACCACCUGUUCCUCCACCCAUGCCGGACGUUUUACCUAGUCGUAGACUGCCAUCUAUUCUGCUCAAUCUACCUCGUCAGACUCUCGAAUCAUCGUCAGAUGGUAGUUCCGAGGACAUCGAAAAUGACUCUGAUGCGACAAAAAUUGAUACAUCAUCAAAUGCAAAUACAUCAUGUUGAGUAAUAAUUUAGAGAAAAUAUUAUUAAUACAAUAUUUUCGAGAAGGAUCUUGUGGUUAAUUACCUUUAUCGUUCAUUCAUGGAAAUGUAAUGGCAUAUACGAAAUGCAUAUAAAGUGUGUAAACAACAUGUAUUAAUUCGCGAUGUAAAUAUCUUCCCGAAUACAUUCAAUAUCAUUUGUCAUAAUAUUAAUAAAGCGAUUUAAAGAUUCA